UUCUAUGUAUGCUUUGAGAAUUUCAGGGCUAUAUUUUCUUUUAAGCCUGGGGGUGGCACAUCUCCAAGUCUGUAAGAGCAUUUGGUUAACUGGAGAGUAGCCUGUAGCCCUUUUUCUCAGCGCUGCCACUCCAAAAGUAUUUUUAUUUUGUGUUACACCUAUGAAUGCCUUUUUAAAGGUCUUAGCAUUAUCAGGCUGAAAACGGGCUGCAGCGUCACAAUGCCGAUCCACGGCUAUGACUUCAGGGUCAUGGAAAAGAAGUUGACAUGCCCAUUCAAUCCAGCACAUCAGGUCACCGACAUGCAGAAGCAUCUGACCCGCUGCUCCUCUUACAACAAGGACGUCUCAAUCAAGAAGUGCCCCUUCAACGCGACGCACUGGGUGCGCGAGCCCGAGUUCCGUCACCACCUGGACCGGUGUCCGGACAAGGCGCCUGUGGACCGGCACGUGCUGGCGCAGCGAGCGGGCAGCUCAGACGGCUCCUCGGGAGACCUGACAAUGCCCGUCACCUGGGCGGCACGCAACGACCCCGUGCAGAACAACGUCGACGGUUGGGGCGACCAGCUGGACGACGACUGGGACGUGGAAGUCAGCAACCUACCGCGUCACAUGCGCACCAAAUACGACCCGCAGACCGCCACGGAGAACCGCGAGAUCUUCCGCAUGCCGACCGAGCACCGCGGCAAGUCGGCGCGCAACAAGUUCCGGCAGGAGAACGUCAGCAGGGCGCGUGCCAUCCAGAGCGGCAGCGUGGUGGACGCGUCCGAGGCGAGCUCGACGGUGGCGCCCUCCACGUCGUCGGUUGGCGCACGUCGGCGGCCCACCACCAACCCGCUCUGCUGCCCCACGGCCACGGUCAACAUCAACCCGAGCCUGGGCAUGGGGCGUGACGGCAUGUAG